AUGACUUCAUUUAAAGAUUUGGAAUUCAAGGGACUCGUCGACCUUAAGGACCACGACCCUGAACUUUUCGACUUGAUUGAACAGGAAAAGUCUCGUCAAUGGCGUUCGUUGGAAUUGAUUGCCUCUGAGAACUUUACUUCCAAGGCCGUUAUCGACUGUUUGGGAUCGGCCUUGACCAACAAAUAUGCGGAAGGUCUUCCACAUGCUCGUUACUACGGGGGAAAUGAAGUUGUCGAUCAAGUGGAAGAACUCUGCCAAAAGCGUGCUUUGGAGGCAUAUGGAUUGGACCCUGAAAAGUGGGGCGUCAACGUCCAACCAUACUCUGGAUCUCCAGCCAACUUUGCCGUGUACACUGCCUUGUUGCGACCACACGACCGUAUCAUGGGAUUGGAUUUGCCCAGUGGUGGUCACUUGACUCACGGAUUCUACACCUACUCCAAGAAGGAGGGAACCCGUAAGGCCGUCUCUGCCACUUCUGUCUACUUUGAAUCCCUUCCAUACCGUGUCGACCCCGAAACUGGAUUGGUCGAUUACAAACAAUUGGAUCGUGAUGCCGGACUCUUCAAGCCAGCUCUUAUCAUUGCUGGUGGAUCUGCAUACCCACGUGACUGGGACUAUGCCAAAUUCCGUGAAAUUGCCGAUGCCAACGGUGCCUUGUUGAUGAUGGAUAUGGCUCACAUUUCUGGAUUGGUCGCCACUGGCGAACAAGCCUCUCCCUUUGAUGUCUGCGAUGUUGUCACCACCACCACUCACAAGUCCCUUCGUGGACCCCGUGCUGGUAUGAUCUUCUUCCGCAAGGACGAACGUGGAUUCGAGGGAAGAAUCAACCAGGCCGUCUUCCCUGCGCUUCAGGGAGGACCACACGAGCACCAAAUUGCCGGUGUUGCCACCCAACUCUUGGAAGUCAUGACUCCCGAGUUCAAGAUCUACUCCCAACAGGUCAAGAAGAACGCCGCCGCACUUGCAGCCAAACUUACUUCUUUGGGAUACACCAUCGCCUCUGGCGGUACCGAAAACCACUUGGUUUUGUGGGAUCUCAAGCCCCAAAAGAUCACUGGAUCCAAAUUCGAAAAGGCCUGCGACGCCGUCUGCAUUACUUUGAACAAGAACUGCGUCCCUGGUGACAGAUCUGCUGUUACCCCAGGAGGUGUCCGUAUCGGUGCCCCCGCUUUGACCACCCGUAAGAUGGUCGAAUCCGACUUUGAACAAGUUGCCACAUUCUUGCAUGAAGUUUUGGUGGUUGCCUUGAAGCUUCAAGAAAAGUCGGGACCCAAAUUGAAGGACUUCGUGGCCCUUCUUGAUGGAAAUGCUGAACUCAAGUCCAUCCGUGAGAGAGUGAACAAAUUCGUAACCGCUUUCCCUAUGCCUGGAUUUGACCCCAAGGAAAUGAAAUACCAAGAUCCAAUGGGACCUCCUCAUUAA